AACAGAGAAUAGAAGAUGUCCGACUUAUUCGAGAGCAGCAUCCCACCAAAAUACCGGUGAUAAUAGAGCGGUACAAGGGUGAGAAGCAGCUUCCCGUCUUGGACAAGACCAAGUUCCUGGUACCUGACCAUGUCAACAUGAGUGAGCUCAUCAAGAUAAUUAGAAGGCGCCUACAACUCAAUGCUAACCAAGCCUUCUUCCUACUGGUGAACGGACACAGCAUGGUGAGCGUGUCCACGCCCAUCUCUGAAGUAUAUGAAAGUGAGAAGGAUGAAGAUGGAUUCCUGUACAUGGUCUACGCCUCCCAGGAGACGUUUGGAAGGAAACCGUCAGUGUAAGACUAGAAAAAGGCAGCUGCUAUACAAUUUAAAACCCUACCAAGGAAAAAAGGGAUAUUACCAACUGAGAUUGAUCAAGUUCAUCUAGUCACACAGAUCAUCAAAACAGUAGUGUUCCCACCUAGGAGUUUUAGGAAGUUGUUUUUGUAUUUCAAGCAGAAAAACUGAGCUCCAAAUGAGCGAAUUCAGCUUUGGAAGACUCUAUUAUUUAACCUAGACCACCUUGUUUUAAAACUUUAGAGGCUUAAAAAUAAAAUACUUUGCAUUCUAAUUUGCCAAUAUAAUAGACCUUAAGUUAUUUUAAUGUUCUUUUUUCCCCCAGUAGGAACCUGCAUUGUGAGUGGGAGCUUAACAGGCAUUCAGAGUGGUAGGAGUCUUCCUUCUGAGCAGAACUACCUUUUUAUAGGCGGCUUCUACUCAGCUAGAGAGAUCUCCCUGAGAGAAGCUUUAAGCAUAAGGUGUCACGGAUAACCACUCCUCCCCCAACACGUUUGCCGUUAACAGCUGGCACAAGAGCAGGAGCAAGGGGGCAGCAGCAGCCAGUAGUAAGCUGCUGCCCCGGGCUCCUGAUUGCUGACAGACGUACACCUAAGCCCCCUGCUUGCGGUGUUUUGAUUUGUUCUCUAGACAGCUACAGACAGAUAGCACUGCUUCAUAGGAACCUUGAAUGAUUUUGUUUUUGUCUAGUUUCUUAAAAGUCCCAAGAAAAAAAGUGGCGUUUCUUCUGUUUGGGAUUUUCUCUUAGACUUCAAACUAGUGCCUCUUUGGAAAAUAAUUUUAUCGAUGUCGUCCUUCAGGGCAGAGAUAGCGACUACAGAACAGUAAAACUGAAGCGCUGGAUUUCACAUGUACUUCCUUCUGCCUUUUGGUUUAAAGCUGUAUUUUUGUUAACUAUGUAGCUAGAGUAUCUUAUUAAAAGGUUCUUACCUUUUGAAGAGUAGUUCUCACUGUUAAGUCAGACCAUCAGGUUCUUCCCCUCUAGUGCAUGUCAGCUGUAAAGAAAACGUAGCAUAAGCAGACAGAUGCUCUUUACAAAAUAAUGUCAACACUUAAACAUUUUCCAAAUUCAACCUGGAAUAAAAGACCAGUGCUUCCUGCCACCUGCAUGGGGCUAUUGCUGUUUUCUUGGGAGCGUCACAGAAAGAUCCGAGUCACGCAGUCUGAGACUGUACGUGUAGCAGGUCACAGUUCGCCCCUGUGUAUGUAGACUUGAGUGGAAUACCUGAGUCUGUUAGUGAAAGUCGUUUGCUGUAAUGGAGGGGAAAGCGAUAUUACUGCAACUGGGCCCUCAACGGAUCACUAAAGAGAUUCCUGUCGGCAACUCUCCCCACUGCAUGUAUCUGUCCACACGGCUUUCAAUGUGUAUAUUUUUACAUUAUGUAAAUUCUUAAUCAGCCUGUCCUGUUUAGAUUGUUCAUGUCAUUGUAUCUGACAUUCUUCUAAAUCCUGUGUGAUCAGUAAAAUUCCUGUAAGAAAUACUGCUUUUUUCAAAAAUGCCACACUUGGAGGGAUGACCUAUACUCUGCUUUAAUGGGUGGUCACUUUAUAGGAUCUCUAAAACCAAGUGCAUUUUUAAUGAAGUAAAGUGAAUAAAGGCACAACUAAACACUG